AUGCGAUCCUACCGUUUCCUACUCGUGUGCCUCGCGCUCUUUCUUUGCGUACACUCAGUCACAGCUGUGCCUCAGUCCGCCGUACGCCGCCAGGAUGACAGCCCUUCAGACCGUUCACAAUCGUCUACCGCCACUCUAUCCUCACGCCCGUCUGCCACAGUGACGUCCUCCAAUGAGGAUUCAUCAGCGUCGAGGGCUGAGUCCAACCGUGCUUCCUCUACUGCUGCUGCAUCUAAAAGCUCAGCAGAGGCAAGUACGUCCGUUCAAGUACCAGUGGCGACCGCGUCUACCGCACCCCAGUCGACGAGUUCACCAGAAGCUGGUCAUGAAAACGCUUUACCCUUCCAACCUAGUCUGACGCCGGCAAUGGGCAUCAGUGGUGUUAUUAUGCUGCUGUCGGGGUUAGCGUUCGCCGUCAUUGGUAUCAAGAACAAAUGGGUAUAUGUCUUUGGCUCAGCUGCAUACCUGACGGCGUUGGCUGUCACUGUUCUGAUAGUCUACCUCAUGAAUCCACCCGUCUCGAAUGGCGUGCAAGGUGCUUUCUUCGUUGCCGCUUUUUUCACUGGUAUCAUCUUCGGCGCCAUAUCUUUGGUGUUCCCAGACAUCACCGAAGGCUUUGGGUGCCUGCUUGGCGGCUUCUGUCUUAGCAUGUGGUUCCUUUGCCUUAAGUCAGGCGGUCUCAUCACUUCAGUGACUGGCCGCGCAAUCUUCAUUGGAUGCAUGAGCGCUGGAGGGUACUGCCUCUCUUUCAGUCACCACACCCGCAACUACGGGCUCAUCGCCUCAAUUGCUUUUUCAGGGGCGACUGCCACCAUACUGGGUAUCGACUGUCUUGGUUGUGCGGGUCUGAAAGAGUUCUGGUUGUAUUUGUGGGCUUUGAACGACAAUGUGUUCCCGUUGGACACCAAUAUCUACCCCGUCACCAAGAAUAUCAAGGCCGAACUUGCUGGUAUUGUAAUCAUAGCGGCACUCGGCGUUGUUUCACAGCUGCGCGUUUGGAAGCUGGUCAAAGAGCAUCGCGAAAAAAGCGCCGCUCAGCAACUAGAAAAGCAACAGGUCCAAGAGCGGGAGGAGGAGGCGCUCGGUCGACAGAUUGAAGACAGCUUCCAGCGUGAGCGCGCACAGUGGGAGGUAGCUUAUGGUGACAAGAGUGUCCGGGACUCUAGUGUCGCAUCCUCCACCUUGAGUCCAAAGCAUUCGACCAGCAUUCGAGGGAAAGACGUCUUCGCUGCAGACAGUCUGGAGCUUGCCAACAUAGAAAAGAGCGGUAUCAUGCGCUCGCCUAACCCCGACACUCCAGCCGGAACCACAGUCACCGUAAGCGUUCUCAAGGAUGAUAUCCAGCAAAUCGAUGCGCAAGGUAACCCGAUCACAUACAAAAAGACCGGCUCGUUAGCAGGCUCCGAUGGCGACCACAAAGAUCUGCCUGCAACACCCAAAGCCGCACUUACCGAUGAUAUUGUGAAGGAACGCAGCCUUCGCCCGUCCUCGGUUCCACCACCUCCAGCGAUCAUCCCACUGCCUUUCAAAAUACCGGCAGAGAGGGACGUUGAUAGUGAUGAUGGCGACAACACCUCUGUGUCUGCCGUUGCUGAAACCGAGAAUGUUUCAAUGAGCGGUCGUAGGCCUAUGUCGAAGCGUAUAUCGGAUAUGUCGAAUCUGCGCCAGAUGUCAGGUCAGAGAAACUCACGUAACGUUUCGGAGUCCCAGGAAGAUCUGGUCAACGCGCCACACAUUGAGGACGACAGGGCCUCGUCAAUUGCCGCCACUCUAGACGACGAACACGACGAUGUCUCCCUGCGCCAACUCUCUCCACCGCACUCCCCAAUCGGCACUGAACACAAAACUAAUGAGUCAGAACCCCUCACCACCUCAAGGAAAGAUGCUGAGGUCGCCCCCCAAGACGAUGUACAAGAAUCGAACGCCGCCAACGAAGCUAGCUUAGCAACAGAAGUCCCAGCAGACACGUCAGUCCGACGGACCAUACGCCAAUCUCUGACAAGCAGCACUGAUCCCAAGUCAAGCGGGGCAAAUGCGAAGCGGCUAACACAACGUGAUCCACGCUUCAGGGCUGACACCCUCGUUUCUAACGCAAAGGGAAACAGUGAAAGCGAGCAAUCGAAGUCAAGCAGCGAGAAAGCGCCAUCACAAAGUUCACAGACUGAGCACGAGGAAUCACGCGUUGGCAGUCUCAAAGAGCGCGCCCUCCCUACCCGGUUCUCCAAAGUCGCGUUGUCCUACCGUACGAACGAAUGGGCAAAGCACCUCGAGACUGCAGACCUGCCGGAGCUAGACGAAUUGUCUACACCAGCAUCUCCCGGUGCAGCUCUUGACCACGACUUAGAGGAAGCACCCGCGCCCGUCAGCGAUGAGAUUGCGGCUCCGUUGAAUGGAAGCCAGCGCAACUCGAAGGCCAUGUCGAUUGAAAAUAAGAGUAGUGCGUUUCUGAACCGCUCGACAUCGACCUCUCAGCGGUCAUUGGCAGAGCAGCAGCCAAUGUCUAGGUCUCCUUCUGUGCUAUCAUCGCGUAUUCUGUCACGAUCGAACUCCGGGACCCAACUCGACGCUUUGACUCCCCUGCCUACCAACACGCUGAUGGGUCAGCGUGAGAGUCUCAUCCGGAACAGGGUGUCUUCGCACUCCUUCUCGCCCCUCCCGUCGCCUGGGCAGACGCUGCUAGAGCAGAACGAUCAGGAGGACAUGACACUGGCGCAAAGGCGACAGCUGCUCAAGCAGGGGCCGACUUCACCUCUGCUACAGCACCAGCCGCCCAUAGUCUCUCCCCGGAGGCCACCCCCUUCGACAGCGCAGAAGUGGCAGAAGAAGGGCUGGGCUGGUCAGGGCGUAGCUCCCGGGUUCGACUCGCAUCAGCCUCAGCGAACGGCCAGCUCGCAGUCGAACCGCAAGCGAGAAGAUCUGUACGCUGACUGGAGAGAGACGAUCCGAGAUGUCAGCCCGCCGCAGACAGCAGCGUACAUAGCCGAGCAGCAACGUGCGGUGCUGCUCCACGAACGACAGCAGAAGGAGGUGGAGAGGCAGCAACGCGAGGCAGUGCAGCAGCAGAGAUUGUCGAUGAUGGACAACAUGAUGCGGAGUGGGCAGAUGCUCGAUGCGCACCGCGAGGCGAUGCGAAAGAUGCAAGCCAACGCGAACAAGAGAGCGGCGUAG